UCCUGUCUCGUGUUUCCGAGGGCUUCCAGAGGAAGACCCUGGGUUUGGGUAGGGACAUGGAGUCCUGGGGCUCAGGUCGGCCCGCGGAUUAGCGCUAGCAUAGUUCGCGGUUACUGGCUCCCUCGUUCGCGCAGUUAUCCUCGCCCUGUCCCGCGAGGCCUGCAGCCGGCCUCGCGGGCCUGAGCGCCCAGGUGUCGGCAGGGGAGAGGAGCAGUAUGGAGGUGCCGCCGCCAGCGUCACGGAGCUUCCUCUGCAGGGCACUGAGUCCUUUCCCCCGAGUCCUUGCUGCUGAUUCGGAGGCCCUUGCAGAGGAUCAGAAGCUGCCUGCCUACGUCCCAAAUCCCUAUUACCCGGAAUCCGGAUGGGACCGUCUCCGGGAGCUGUUUGUCAAAGAUGAACAGCAGAGAACUUCAAAGGAACUCCAGAAUAUCUACAGGGCGGCAGUUUCAGCAGGCAUCAUUGGCUGGGCCUAUGGGGGAAUACCAGCUUUUAUUCAUGCUAAACAACGCUACAUUGAGCAGAGCCAAGCAGAAAUGUAUCAUAACCGGUUUGAUGCUGUGCAAUCUGCACAUCGUGCUGCCACACGAGGCUUCAUUCGGUACGGCUGGCGUUGGAGUUGGAGAACUACAGUGUUUGUGACUAUAUUCAACACAGUGAACACUGGUCUAAAUGUGUACCGAAAUAAAAACGCUCUAAGCCAUUUUGUCAUUGCAGGAGCUGUCACAGGAAGUCUAUUCAGAAUAAACUUAGGUCUGCGUGGCCUGGUGGCUGGUGGUGUAAUUGGAGCCUUGUUGGGCACUCCUAUAGGAAGUCUGUUGAUAGCCAUUCAGAAGUACUGCGGUGAGUCUGUUCAGGAGAGAAAGCAGAAGGACCGGAAGGCACUCCAUGAGCUGAAACUUGAAGAGUGGAAAGCCAGACUGCAAGUUACGGAGCUCCUUUCUGAGGAAAUUGAAAGUGGUCUACAGAAAGACCAAGCUGAGGAUGAUGCUAAGAAAAUUGAAGCAUUGCUGAGCCUUCCUAGAAACCCUCCAGCAGCAGAUAAACGAGACAAAGACUGAAAAUGCUGUGAGCAUGAAGCUCUGAUCUGUGUGGGGAGCAGUGUGGCCCUGCCUGAACCGCCGUCAGGCCUCUGUUCCAUUGGCCGCCAACAGAGGGAAGACUGACACUUGUGGUGGCAGUGACUUGUCCUUAUCUUUUUUUAUUUUUAAAACCAAGAAUUGGGCUGUUGUCCUCUCAAUUCACUUCUUCUUAAAUUUAAAUUCAUACUUAUAUCUAGAUUGCUCAAUUAAUUGAUACACGUUCCUUUUCCCUGGACUUUACCACAGUAAAUUAAGUUGAAUUCCACAGGGUGUUAUUUAUUCAUGUAGUCCUUGAAAAGGGAACUCUGGGAACCACUGGGAGGAGAGGGAAAAAAUCAGGAAAGCCAUUUGGUCUAGGAAACCUUUGUGCCAUUAGGUCUUGGAGGCAGUUUGGGCCUAAAUUCAUGGUAGCAUUUGGUUUUGUGUUAAGUGUUAAAGAUGAUUGCUAUGCCACUUGAAAUAAAACAAAUGUAACAAAAAGGAA